AUGGACAAAAUUCAGUAUCAGUCUCUUAGAACUAUCCUGGGAGCUAUGAAAUCAUCUCCAACUAACUCUCUUCAAGUAGAAGCAGUGGACUCUCCCCUUUUUCUUCGUAGACAAUACUUGGCUGAUCGUUUCUUUUACAGAUUAGCUUCACUCUCUGGCCAUCCUCUGAUACCCAAACUUUGUGAACUCUCCUCUUUGAUUCCUGGUAAUGGAUUCUGGUCAAACAAGCCUGUACCGUGUCUAAUAAAUAGCUUCCGCAAAUACAACAAUCUACCUGAUCCAACUUUCUCUGGCUCAAUGUGUCCUCUUUAUUGCACUCCCUAUGACGCCUUAAUUUUUCAACCGAAUAUUGUUCUUGAUUUCGGAAUUGCAAAAAAACAACCCGGGGCCAAUGAACUUUUCUACAGUAUCAUCGACAGGUUUUGGCGUGAAUGGACGAUGAUAUUCACCGAUUCCUCUAAGCUCACGAUAAGUGGCGCUGUAGGCUCGGCAGUAUGGAUUCCUAAGGACUCCAAUAUUCUGAACUUCAAAUGCCCCCCUCAUACAUCGGUAUUCACUGGAGAGUUGGUGGCUAUUCUAGAAGCUAUAAAGUAUGUAGUCUCUCACGGGAUAAACAGAGCAAUUAUUUUCUCGGAUUCACUGAGUGGCCUUCAGACCAUUAACUCCAAUCAGUUUGCAUCUAAAAACACUUACCCCCUUGUUCUGCUUAUCAGGCAGUCUCUUUUAGAUUGCCAUCUUCGCAACAUUAAGGUCACGUUGGCUUGGAUCCCCGGCCACUCGGGGAUCCAAGGCAAUGAGACUGUCGACUCUUAUGCUAAAGAAGCCGUAGAAACAGGCAGUCUGGAACAUUACCACUGCUUCUUUUACGAUCUUUUUUCCUUGGCCAAAUCCGAACUUGAUUCGGGCUGGCAGCGCCAUUACGACCGUUCGAAAUUAAUUAAAGGUCGCUAUUACAGUGACAUCCAACCCUCCAUCCCAACUAAGCCAUGGUUCUUCCGCUACCGCCUUGUCGACAAACAGACGACGUCGGUCAUCUGCAGACUUCGUAUUGGUCACACAUGUACACCCUCACGCCUGCACAGAUGGGGUAUUAUCCAAUCCCCCAUCUGUGUAUGUGGCCUUGAGGAAGGCACCGCAGACCACAUCCUUUUCAAUUGCCCAAACAGAUCAGUUUCCCUGUACAACAUUCUGCCUUCCUGUGUGCCCAAACCCAUAGAUCUUAAAUCUCUUCUGUUCCUUUCAUCAAUCAACAAAAAAGUUCUAAAUUCCUUAAUUAAAUUUAUUCAUUCUCAAAAAAUUCAACUCUAA